AUGGGUUCCUCGUUCCUCAGGCGCUCAUUGCCCGGCACAAUCGUGUCGACCGAAGGCACCGCAGCCGCCCCGGUCAGCUCCCACGAGACCGCCAGCAGCAGGAUGGCCGGCUCAGGCUUGCUGAAGUUCGCGAGGACAAUCCUCCUCCCCAUGUUCAUCUCCGCCGUGCUAUACCUGGUCAUCUUUCACGCCCUAUUACCAUUAUAUCGACGACACCGCGCUCGCUAUUCGCAAUACCUCCCUCUCCAAUCCAGCUCCCUACUGUCGUCGCAUCUCCCCGAAGCCCUUCAACCCUCUUCUCUCCGCGACCGCCUGUCCACUCUGUUUCUCCGCCUCUUCCUCCCCUCGACGUGGGCAUUUCGGGACCGCUUCCGCCGCCGCGAAAGUGUGGUCAAUGCCGAUGCCGAACUCUUUGACGAGGAGUCCGGCGAGGCCAUGGUCGGCUUCGACGUACAGGAGCGCAGUCGCCGACGGGAUGGGAUGGAACGUCAACUGGCAAACAUGAAUGCUGCCACUAGAACCGUGAGUCGUUCGGCCGAUCCAGGCUCAGACUCGAAUCGACGCUUGAGCCGCGACCUAGAGGAAGGCUUCCGCGACGAUAGCGAUGACGAAGGUGAUGGACAUGAACUUGUGGCGGGCAGAAUAAUGGACAUAGGCGGGCGCAGAUGA